AUGGGUUCUAUAUAUACAAGUUUGUUUUCUGGGUGGUGUUUCACUAAUAAUAAUGCUUGGACUGAUAAGGGUAGGAUAAUAAUUGCUUGGAACCCAAGAGUUUUCUCUUUGGAUAUCAAGCUAUGUACUACACAAUUAAUUCACUGUGUAGUACAGGUUCCAAAUAGAACAGGCCGGUUUUUGGUCACCUUUGUGUAUGGUUAUAAUGUUGAGUCCUUCAGGGAGCAGCUAUGGAAGGAUUUACAAGAAUUGGCUAGUGGUAUCACUAAACCUUGGAUGGUGAUAGGUGACUUCAACGAAAUUCUCUCACUACAAGAUAGAAUAGGCAAAAAAAGUACCACUAAGAUUUCAAGUAAUUUUCUACAAUGUCUGCAAUCCUGUCAGUUGAAAGACUUGAAAUUUUCAGGGUGCUAUUAUACUUGGAAUAAUAAACAGAGAGCAGAGGAGAAGGUGUAUUCAAAGAUUGAUAGAGCUUUAGUUAAUUCACAAUGGAUUGACCAAUUUCCUAACUCAGAGGCUGUGUUCUUACCAGAAGGGAUUUUUGACCAUAGUCCGAUUCUGGUUCAUAUUUCUUUCAAGAUUCAGUUGGAGAAGAAGCCUUUUAGGUAUUUUCGAAUGUGGAAAGAAGCACCUGGUUAUGAAGGUAAAAUACAAACUAGUUGGAACUUACCAAUUACUGGUACCCCAAUGUUCCAAGUAGUAUCUAAACUGAAAAGGUUGAAACAGGUGCUAGUGACUAUAAAUAGAGAAGGAUUUUCGGACAUUCAGCAGAAAGAAUUUAAGGCGGGUCUAAUAUUGAAGUAUCUUCAGGAACAAUUGCAGAAGGACCCUUUCAAUGACAGGUUGAUUACUCAAGAGCAGCUAGCUAGAGAACAGUUUCUUUAUUGCCAUAAAGCUUACCUGAGUUUCUUAGCUCAGAAAGCUAAAGUUGUUUGGAUGGUUAAUGGUGAUGAAAAUACUCACAUCUUUCAUGCUUCUCUUAAGGCUAGGAGAAUUCAGAAUAGGAUAUUGUCUAUUAAGACUGAGACAGGGGUUUGGGUAGAUUCUCCUACUGAUAUAAAAAAAAGCUUUCUUGGAUUAUUACCAAAGCUUGUUGGGGACAGCCAUGGUACACAGGAAAACAGUAUCUCGGUCAAUUAUGAAGCUUGGACCAGUUUUAAAUGCAGUUCAUAUUCAGACUCUCACAAGAGGUUUUUCAACUCAGGAGGUUAA